AUUCUAUCUAAUACAGUGCAAACAUGGCGGAAAACAUUAAUAAAUCCGGAAAGCCUGGCGUUAUUACAGUAACUGUAAAGACGCCUAAAGAAAAACAUAGUGUUGAAGUUAAAGAAGGAGCUUCAGUUCGUGAGGUAUCAUAUUGUAUGCUUGUUUGUCAUAAAGGAAUAUUGUUAUAAUAGAAAAUGGCAGUACAGGGGCUUGCUUGGCUGCCGCUUGUGUAGUGUUGGUGUUGUCAGAGAUGUUGACAUUUGACCUGAAAUAAUCAAUGUAGAAAGUGCUAGAUCUUUCACAUUUAUCGCUUCCUUUCCCAUCUAUAAGUAAUUUAUUAUGAUUGUGACAUUUGUAUUCUUCAAAGAAGAGUUAAAUAACAUUUUGUAAUUACAAUGGAAACCAUGAAUAUGAUUGUGAUUUAGUAGGCUAAACUUAAAGUUAAACAAGUAGUAUUAAAGUAGGAGUAGGCCUAUCAAAAUAACAAAAAAGUGAUAAGACAAGACCUAGGGCCGAAUUAGAGCUAGGCUUGCUUAAUGAACUCUUUGGACAUAAAAAGUAGUAGAGUAGAGUAGAGGCAGUGAAUUGAAUGGAGUAGCUGUAAGACAAGGGGCCAUCCAUAUUCAAUCAUAUUGAGUCUAAGUUAGGAUGACCAAACAUCCCGUAAAAACAAGUUGGUCCUGUUUUUUAAAGAUUACCCGGUGUCCCGAAAAAGUCUCUCGGGACGCCCAAAUGUCCAGUUUCUAAAACCAAACACAUGUUCAAAUCACGAAAACUUCCUAAGAUAUAAGAUAACUUCAAGUAAUAUUUUGGCUAGCUGUAUACCCAGUGCCAGUAGUGAUGUAGGCUUGCAUGAUGGCUGCACUGUUCCCCCUACACCACUCUGCCUACGCUGCGAUCCCUGCCCAUAAUGGUAAUACUGAAAGAAUCUUUUCACUCAUGAACAUUCAAUGGACGGACGAAAGAAACAAGAUGGGAGUGUAGACCCUUUCUGCAAUCCUGCAGGUUCUCUAUAAUGUCAUAAUGGACUGUUCUAGUUUUUACAACUUUAUAUUAGAAAAGAAGAAGGCUUUAACAAUGGCUGGGACAAUAGCCAAAUAUCCUCAAUUUAAAUCCUAAACUGAGAAAUUUAAUUUGUUGUGUUGCAUUAUUAUGUUGUAAAAUAUGUAUAAAUAAAUAAGUAUUCACUGCAAAAUUAUUGUUUUUGUUCAUGAUAGGCCUCAAAGUUUAAAUCAAAUUGCAAAAGUAAAGGUAAAUUAAAAAGAUUUUUUUGGUCUCAAAAUAGUUAAAAUGAGCAUAUUUCAAUUAACAGUUUCCAGCGGAGGCACCUGACCCCUCUUUAGCUGGAGGGUAUCCCCCAAAACAACCCUCUUUGGGUGUGUCCCAUUUUUUCCAAUUCAUGAUUUGGUCAUGAGAAAGACAGCGAAAAAGAUGGGAAGGUAACAUCAAAGAGUGGACGGGACUAAAACUAGGCGAUGCUGUGCGAAGUGCCGAAGACAGAGACGAAUGGAGGAGGAUAGUUUACAUGUCAUAUGUGGCACCCCAACAGCCCAAGGACUAAGGGACAUGAUGAUGAUUUGGUCACCCUAGUCUAAGUCAACAAUUUUACCUCCUGCCUGUCCAUGCCCAUGAUAUUGAUAAAAAACUGUUAACUUUCAACUACCCCCCCUAAUUAAUUAUGUAAAAAAAAAUUUAUUCACCUGGCAAAGAAAAAUAGGAAGGAAAGAAAAUGUAAUGCGUAAGAUAAAGAAAUUGACAUCACAAUGCUCCACAUACAUUUUUGUAAACAUCUUGAUAAAGAAUGGGCUAGAGGAAUGGUUUUUGCCAUCACUUGUCUCAGCCACUUUGGGGAGUCCCAACACUCAACUUUGGAUGACUAGACCACAGGUUUGACCUAGAUGAUGCCUAUGAAAAAUUUCCUGUUCUUCACAGAGCGUAAUUUGUGGCCUAAGCUAAUUCUGAAGAUUGUUAAAGUUAACAUAAAAAUAUAUUAAAAUUUAAUUUUCCAUUUGUUUCUAUUAAAGUUAAACUGACAAGGUUUUUAAAAAAAAUGAGAAACCCAUCCUUGCGUGUGCACUGGUGAAGAAAUGUGUGUACAUUGCUGAAAGUGCUGUCUUUUGAUUGGUUGAAGAAAAGAAGUAACCGAAUGUCAUUCAUUUGUCAUGUCACCAUUUCAUGGUACAUUUCAACAUAAUUUUAAAGUACAAAAAUAUAAAUAAUAAUCCCCUGACACCUCCCCCCACUUUUAAGCCAAAAGAAAAAUUUAUUGAAAUCUUUUAUACAUGGAGCUUUAGCAGGAAGUUGACCUGGGAACCGCCAUAACCUAUAUACUAUACCAUUUAAGCGGACUUAAUGCUAACCCAAAGUUUGCCAACUUUCUUUGACAUAUUUUAAAUUUAUAACAAUUAGAAUCUAUGACUAGAGUCAAUUUUAUAAUAUAGCAUUUAUUAAAGAAUUGAUAUGGUCUGAAUAUCAUUGUUUUAAAAGUUGGUUGAGUUUGGUUUUUUUUUCUCUUCACGUUAAUAAGUCAAAUGUUCCUCUGUUGUAAUAGGGCAUAGAAACCAAUUAAUUUAUUAUCGCUGUAUUAUUAUUAUUAUGGACCUGGCUGACAUCAUCCUUGUCUAGUGUAACCAUUCAGUGCUUAUUAUUUUAUGGAACAGAUCAAAUGAAAUAGAAUUAUUUUAAUAUAAAUUGCUAACCACUUAAUAAACUUAAAAAAUUAAUUUUUUUUAAAAAUAUUUGGAUUAACUAGGGUAGUAUAAAUGAUGCAAAAGUUUUUCCCUUGACUGAAAGUCGGGAAAUAUUGAUUUUGCCUUAAGGUCUGCUGGUAUAUUUUUGAUUUUUUGUUAGGGGGGGAACCUGUAACGAAGAAAUUUUUCCAGAGUGAAACUAUGAAAAAUGAAGGUUAAGUUUUAAUUUAUUAUAUUUUCAUGUGUCAAAUUUUUCAUGCACAAUAUGAAACAUGGGGCUGAGAUUAUAUGAGGAAGUGGGGGGAGGGGCGUGUUAUUGCAGCUCUGAUGGUUUAGAGGUUAUAUGAGGAUAAAAUAAAAUACCUAAGUUUACCCACCAACCUAAAGUAUCAUCCAACCUAAAACUAUUAAAUUACUUUUUUUUACAGUAAAUGCCUAUUUAACUUAAUUUUUAUGCUAUCUUGUUGAUGCUGUCACAAUGAGAUUGUGCCACAUAAAUAAAGGUAGUGCACUACGUGACAUAUCUGUGAAAGGUUUUGUGGAACCCCACUUUAGCGCAAAAAUAUAACUCAGUCGUAGUCAUGGUAUGGCUCCCACAAUUUUGUAUAUUAUAUGCACACAAACUUUUAAUAUUUUGACAAACUACUUAGAUAUGGUGAGCUGAAUUGGUUUUUUUAUGCCUUGUAAUUUAAGAGUAAUUCUGAAUUCCGUGAACACCAACAACAUUUUCUAAAUAUAUUUUUAUUUUCAGCUGAAAGAGGAAGUUCAAAAAAAGUUCAAUGCUCCAUAUGAGCAGCUGUGUAUAAUUUUUGCUGGUAAAAUAGUUAAAGAUGAGGAUAGCCUAGAGCAACAUGGUAUAAAGGAUGGUCUAACAGUACAUCUCGUUAUCAAAUCAGCCAACAGAGUAAGUUUACUAAUGCAGUUUUCACUUCUGAAAUAUUCAUUUCACUAUCAGGUUUACCAUUUCAUAUUAGAGUAUAACCCUUUAAUGGCUUCUUGAACAUUAAAAAUCAUUAAUUACUAUAAAAUAUAUUUGUACAUUUUUUAAACGGUUUAUUUAAUAGUAUAUUUUUAAAAUAAAAAAAUUGUAUGCAUUUAUUAUAAUGUUCCUACUAUGGUUGCACAGCUUAAUGAUGAGGUAAUCAGUUCUGUGAUUAAUCAUGAUAGUCCUCUUUGAAAAUGAAAAUUGUAUAAUUACAUUUUUACAUACGUAAUAAUUUUAAAAGCAUAUGUUGUGGAGCUUAGGAGUAGCUUUGACCCCUAUAAUAUGAUUAAAGCUUAUAAAGUUCAUUGAUAAUACAAGUCUGAACCUGUUAACUUGUUACGUGUUUAAUGCUACUCCAUGUUUCUAUCGAUGUUAUUGUCAAAGAUUGAGUUAUUCUUUCUAUUUAAAUCCAGACUGUGCCAGAUCCACCUUUAUCCAGGAAUCCAUCAACACCAGCAAACGUAAACUGAUUUUUAAAAAUAUUCCUAUAGCUUAGUUAGAUGGGCAAAUUUCAGUUUAUUUCUGGAAUUUAUUAAGUGGUGUGUCAUAAUAAUAAAAUGAAUCGAUUUUAUUGAAUCUGUAAAGUGAUAACCAUAAAAGAAUCCUUUUUAUUCAUAUUAGAUGUAAAGAGUUUUUAAUUACCAAUUUUAAAGUUUAACUUAUUUUUAAUUUCAUAUUUUUCCUCUCUUAAUUUUAGACUGCCCCAGAUGUCUCCCAAACACCUUUUAACCUAGGUGGUAUAGGAGGGCUUGGUGGUUUGAGUGGUCUUGGAAUGGGAUCAGCUAAUUUCAUGGAGAUGCAGCAGCGAAUGCAAAGAGAGGUGAACAAAAUUUCUGUUCUUAUUGGUACAUGGAAUAUGCGAAUCUUGAAAUAGAACUGUUCCUGAAAAAUGUGUCCUGAUUGGCUUAUAUGUAUUUUUAAACAACCCCGCCCCACCUCCUGUAAAUUACGCAAAUCUUAAAGAUGCAAAGGUUUCUGAGGUUUUCUGAAGUAUCUGAACAGUCUUCUACCAUUCUAAAAUCAGGAUGAAGCAGUCUGUCAGAACUUUUUAAGCAUGAUAAAGUCUUGCUUUGUUACAUAUUUGUGAUUAUUAUUAGCAGUAGUCUUAUAUAGCGCGUAGGCUGGGCUCACUGCGCUGUACAUAAAAAUAUUAUCAAAAUAGACAUAAUCAUGACAUUAAAAUAAAAUACAUUUAUGUAAUAAAGAACAGCUGUAUAACAACAAAACAAAAGUAUGUACACCCCACAAACCCCAGAACUUUUAAAUGUCAUGCCAUGGACAGCAGCAUCGUUUAUGGGUCAGAGGGGGAAUCAGUGGGGGGUAGUAGAGUUUAAAGAGAUGUGUUUUGAGUGCAGUUUUGAAGGCCUGGGUUGUUGGUAUAUUACACAUCUGUAAUACCUGUGUGCACUUUGUUUUCAUUUUGUUUUUUUGUCGUUUUUUUGUUUCAAGUCAACCCAGCAAAUUUAAUCAAUGAAUUUUAAGAUUAAUAUAUUAUAUUUUUAUAUUUAUAUCUUUAGAUGUUAAGCAACCCAGAUAUGUUGAGACAGCUAAUGGAUAACCCUUUUGUACAGUCAAUGAUGUCCAACCCAGAAAUAAUGCGAACACUACUAAUGAACAACCCGCAAAUGAGAGAACUCAUGGAGGUUGGUUCUUUCCCUUCUAGUUUGACAGAAAUUUCCCAAUCUUUCAAACAGAAUUUUAACAAAUUAGAGCAUUUACAAGAAAUGAUAAGGUUUCUAAUGAAUGAUUGAAAAUAUGAAUCUGAAUGUCAUUUUAUUCCUGCUCAUAAAUACAGAUGUAUUUCAACUCUUUUCAUCAAUGAUAUAAAGUAAAUGGGGGGGGGGGGGAGUUCAAGGUCACUAAAGUCUACUUAAAUGUACUGAAAAUAUUUUUCAUCAAAACAUUUAUUUGAUGCCGAAUGACAUCUUUUAACUUUGAAAUUGAAGCUAUUGUUCUCAACAAUUUGAUUUUUAUGGUUCAUUUCAUUGGAUAUUGAUAUUUAAAACAAAAAGUCAUCCUGACAAACCUUAAUACACAGGUCUUUAUGAAAUGAACGACUUAUAUCCAAAUAUAUUUUCUUCCCUAGAGAAACCCAGAAAUUACCCAUAUGUUGAAUAAUCCAGAACUAAUGCGUCAAACCAUGGAGCUUGCAAGAAAUCCUGCUAUGAUGCAAGAGCUGAUGAGGUCACAAGACAGGGCCAUGAGUAAUCUCGAGGUAAUUGAACAGAUAUUGGUGUGCCUCAAACAUCAUGUUGCGUGUUAUUAAUUGAAUUGAUGUCACAGCAGAAGGCGGAGACGUUUCUUUAAAGCUACAUUCAUUAAGAUUCUCUCUUUCUUUCUUUUUUUAGCUUUAUUUGUUUAAUCCAUGGAAAUAUAUUUGAUAAAGUGUUAUUUUGUUUUACAGAGCAUUCCCGGUGGCUUUAAUGCUCUGCAACGUAUGUAUCGUGAUAUCCAGGAGCCGAUGAUGAGUGCUGCUCAAGAAACCAUAGGAUCAAAUCCAUUUGCUUCCCUUGUGAGCAAUGGUUCAGGUAAACUAUCUUCAUGAAGAAUUCAAUAUUGAAUGCUGAUGUAAUUUUUUAAUGACUGAACUGCUUAUGGCUAUAAUAGGUGUGGUUUGUAUUAUGUUUGUCAAUCAACUCAAUGUCAUGUUGCACAGUCAAUAAAGAAAUAUAGUCGCUCUGGUUGUUGUGACAUUUGUUGGCAAUAUGAAAAAUAAUUCUAAAAAGAGGGCCCAGUGUUUUUUGCAUAAGUCCUGUUUAGGAAAAUUGGUAAGAUUUUGGAUCUGCAACAAAAAAGUAUUAACCAUCGCAAGACCAACAGUAACUGUUUCUUUAACAUUUCCCUGAAAAUGGAGCACUCAGAAAAAAAUGUCUUAGUCCAUCCUUAUCUGAUAUCAAAGAAAAUAAAUUCUAAAGACAAUGUACCCAAAGAAGAAAGUUCUUCUCAAUGUCGAUUUUUAAAUUUUUUUUAUUAUAUCAUUGUUAGUUUCAAAUGUGUUGGUUGUUAUAAAAAAAAAUGUAGAUGUUAUUGAAUGAAAGAUUGCUGUUCAAAUAAAGUUUUAAAAUUAAUGUAAUAAUUGAUAGGAUGUGAACUUAUAGGAUGUAAUAACUGAUAGACUGUGUUUGGAUUUUUCACACAAAAAAUAGGUUAAUUGAAUAUAGUCCUUAUUUUUUAUUUAUUUGUGUAUUGUAUAGUUGGUGAGAAUACUCAACAAGGCAGAGAGAACAGAGAUCCCCUCCCCAAUCCAUGGGGGGGCUCGUCAGCCACCAGAACACCUGGAAGCAACACAACUACUCCAGCAGCAGACCCUGCAGUUGCAACAGGUUUGUCAAACAUCCAAUGCUGUGAGCUACAUAGUCAACAAACCUCUUGAGAACUUAAUGUGGAAAUAUUCAUAUUUAUAGUUGAUGUCAUGGAAAUUUCUGAUCUGAGAUUCAGAAUGAUUAUUUCAUCCUGUUGCCAGAAUGAUUAUUUCAUCCUUUUGCCAGAAUGAUUAUUUCAUCCUGUUGCAAAUAAACGUGUGUUUGGCACACCUCUCAUUGUUAAAGUACCUACAAAUUCAAGCAAACACACCCACCCCCCUACACACACUCAUCUACCAGGUGCCGAAAAUACUUCUUUUUUGUUGUCUUUGUUUGGUUUCAUUUUUGGCUUUUAAAGAUAUAUUUUUCUGAAACUUAUCGAUUUCUUGAUGCCUUCGUCUUAUAUUUGUUAAAAUUAAUUAAUAUUUAGCAGCUUUAAUAAUUUAUAUUUAUUUAAAUAUUGAGUUCAUUUGGAAAUCGUAUUUACUUCCCUUUGUUCAAGAUUAUGGAUUGGGUUAUGUACAUAGUUAUGUAAUGAGUUACGUAAUCCCAAUAGUUGGACAAAUAGGUAAGUCUGAAAGGCUGUUCAGAUCAUUUGCAUUUUGCAUGAUUGAGAUUUAUUGCAUUUGUAGGCAUGUUCAAUACGCCAGGCAUGCAGAGUUUGAUGCAGCAGAUGAUGCAGAAUCCUCAGAUGAUCAGCAACAUGCUUCAGGCUCCUUAUAUGCAGUCUAUGAUGCAGUCUCUCUCUGCAAAUCCUGAACUUGCUCAACAGGUAAUCAUUGGGAAAUAUGUCAUUGUUGGCAGGGGGCGCUUAAUUUGUCCAGGAAAUAUUCUUGGCUGGUAGCGCAUAUUUGUCCUGGAAAUAUUCUUUUAUUGACAUACAGUGGUUCCACUCUCACACUAUGGUUUUAAUUUCCUACCUAUACAUUGGUUCCACUCUCUCACACAGUCAUUCCACUCUCUCACACAGUCAUUCCACUCUCUCACACAGUAAUUCCACUCUCUCACAUAGUGGUUCUACUCUCUCACACAGUUUUUCUACAUUCAAGCAGUGGUUCCAUUCUCUCACUUAUUGGUUCCACUAUAUCAUAGUUUUUCUACUCUCUCAGUGGCUCAACUCCAGUUGUUCUACUCUCCCACAGUGGCUUUACUCUCUCACACAGUGGUUCCACUCCAGUCGUUCUACUCUCCAACAAUGGCUUUACUCUCUCACACAGUGGUUCCACGCCAUUUGUUCUACUCUCCCACAAUGGCUUUACUCUCUCAUGCAGUGGUUCCACUCCAGUUGUUCUACUCUCCCACUAUGGCUCUACUCUCUCACAGAGUGGUUCCACUCCAGUUGUUUUACUCUCCCACUAUGGCUUUACUCUCUCACACAGUGGUUUCACUCUAUUCUAAGAUAUCACUAUACACAUCGCCUGAUUGGCCUUGGACAGCAUUGCUUUUUAAGCACAAACAUCUUUUCUACUUAAAUAUUUCAAAAUGUUUUGCCAUUUGGUCAUUUAAGGAUUUGAUUUCAAUUAAAAUAAACUUAUUUAUUUGUAAAAAUAUAUUUUAUUUACCUACUACAUACAUUUAUUGUUUGUAAAUCAGAUAAUUGGCAAUAAUCCUCUGUUUGCCAACAACCCACAAAUGCAAGCUAAUCUGACCACCAUGAUGCCAAAUCUACUACAACAGGUCAGGGUUUGUUUUUUAUCUUAUCUAUUACUGAUUUUGAUAUAACUGAAUUAAUUGUCUUACUUAUGCCGAUGGUGGGUGAAGAAAUUUACUCUCAAUCUUCUUAUGUUUUAGCAAAUUUAAAUGAAUUAAUGUAAAUAUUUUAAAAGUAAAAGAUGUGUAAAAAUAUAUUUAAAGCCAUUUUCUUUGGAUAUUAUGUGGGUCGUCUUGGUGUUUAAGUUCUUGUUUGACUUGUAUUUGACAGUAACAGGCCAUUGUAAGUGGUUUUUAACAUAAUUCCUUGAAUUUGUUAUCCAUCAGAUGCAGAACCCGGAAAUACAAAACAUGGUGACAAAUCCUAGAGCACUAGAGGCUCUCAUGCAGAUACAGAAUGGUCUCAGCCAGUUACAGCAAGAGUCUCCAAAUCUUUUUUCAAAGUAUGGCAUAGUUUAAGUAUUUAUCUGCUAUACAUGUACAUAUGCGGGUCACAUUAUUUGUCUACUGUACAUGUAAAUAUGGGGGUCACAGUAUUAAUCUACUAUACAUGUACAUAUUGGGUUAACAGAAUUUCAUUGAUAAAAACAUUUCCCAAAGUUCUUAUAAAGGGUAGAGACUGCAAUCAGGUUAGGUAGAAGAAAAUGAGUGAUACUAAGUAUGGGUAAAAUGACACAACAAAACAACAGACGUGUCGGCAAGAAGCUUUCUUCCACAAUAAGCAGUAAAAACCAUAUAAAAAUUAAACUACUAGACACCUAUCUGCAAUGUAAUAUCUGAGACACUUGGCUACAAUGUACUAUCUGAGACACUUGGCUACAAUGUACUAUCUGAGACACUUAGCUGCAAUGUAAUAUCUCAGACGACAGCAAGAGGAAUGUUAUAGACCAUUAGUUGGUAAGGGGAAUGUUAUAGACCGUUAGUUAUUAAGGGGAAUGUUAUAGACCAUUAGUUGGUAAGGGGAAUGUUAUAGACCAUUAGUCGGUAAGAGAGUUAAAGGGGUGGGGGAAGAGAAGUAAAGUAAGUCCACAGCAAUUGGUUGUAACAAGGAGAGGCGGAGAAAAAAUUUGUGUGUCAAGGUCACGUAAGUCUGAAUCGGUUAGUUCUCUCAGUACACACAGGUGUUGAUACAUGAAACACUGGCGGUGAUGGCUAAAGCCCCCUUGUGGUCGCUUCUAUUCAGUGUUGGAGGAUAGGGCGCUGUUUAUCAUUCCCAAUAAUAUGCUGUUCAGUACAUUUGUCAGAGGGGCACCAUCCUGCCUCCCUCCAGAUAUGCCAUAUGGCAGCAGGUACAAAGGCAAGGAUAACAUUGCGGCUAGUGCAAAGGAAACAAUCCUUUAUCUGAAAACUGCUGGGGAAGGGAAUGUGUUGAGCCUGGAUGACAAAAGGGCGAGGUUUACAAUUUUAUUUUCUGUUUGUUCGAUGAAGAAGGCUUCGUACUGACAUGUUCAUUGUUUUUUUGCGUCCUAUUUUCAGGUUUCCCAUAUUUUGUUUCACUUAUUUCCGUCCAAAAAUGCUGACACAACAGGUUCAGUUAUUUAAAAUUGGAAUAGCUCAACAGUUUAUUUGGAUACUUUGUUUAUCCCUCCAUUAUUUUUAUUUACCUUUUUGCCCUGUAAAUCAUUUUUUACAUUUUGCACACAAAAUUAAGUGUGACAGGUUUAGGUCCCUUGCCACCGGUUUUGACUGGCGCCCCCGCAACCACAUCUUCAGUGACGUCCACACCGUCACCAACCGGGACCGCCGCUACAACGGCCCCAAUCCCUGGCAUUACGUCGGCUGGAGGUCCCCUGGGUUUGGGCCAACAGAGCAAUCCUGAAGCUUUUUCUUCCAUGAUGGCUCAAAUGAUGCAGAUGAUGGUCGGAGGACAACAAGUCAGUGGCUUUUUCAUUGUUUUAUUGAGUUGGUCUAGGGUCAACUGAUGUUUUUUUUUUUUUAAUCCUGCAUCAAAUUCACAAGGUGUUAGUUGGUAGUUAAAAAUUGAUUUAGUGUGAAUAGACGUGAUUAUGAAUUGUACAUCAAGUUAACAAAGUGGUAGUUAGAUAUUGAUCUAGAGGGAACAGACAAGUUUUGUAGUAGUCUCACAUUAAGUUGUCGGAAGGUACUCAAUGGUAGUUUGAUUUUCUUACUUAAAUCUUAUCUUUUGUUAAAAUAAAUGGCUGCCUUUCUGGGCUAAUGAGUAAUUUACAACUGAGUAUUUGAUCAUAGCUGGGAAUGACCCAUGACCAAUUCCAACCUGUUACGUCUUUAUGGGUCAGACUUGCUGUCAUUAUUGCCAACCUGUUGUCUUUAUGUGGCAGACUUGCUAUCAUUGCCAACCUGUUACUUCUUUAUGGGUCAGACUUGCUGUCAUUUCCAACCUGUUACUUCUUUAUGGGUCAGACUUGCUGUCAUUUCCAACCUGUUACUUCUUUAUGGGUCAGACUUGCUGUCAUUGCCAACCUGUUACUUCUUUAUGGGGCAGACUUGCUGUCAUUGCCAACCAGUUACCUGUUUAUGGGUGGCUGACUUGAAUUGUAAUUUUUCUGUUAAAGUUAAAAUCUUUUUGUUUUAAAUAAAAGUUAAGAAUCAUCUAAUAGCAUUAUUAUUGUAAAUUAUAAUUCACUGUAUAUUGCAUACAUUUUAAAUCCAUGGACCCCUGUUUUUAUAACUGCUUCCCUUUGUGAUUUUUUCCUCAGAACCAACCUCCCGAACAGAGAUUUGCAUCUGAACUAGAGCAAUUAGCAACCAUGGGCUUUGUUGAUAGGGAGGCAAACAUCAGAGGUAGAUUGAACUCAAUGUUAAAUUAUAUAGGAUUGUUUGUUCAUUUACAGGAAUGUUCCUGGACAUCCUAAAGAUCACUGACUUACAAUUAGCAUUGUCAGGGGAUCAAAUUUGGUUAUGAAAUAUGCAAUACGAAAACUUUUGCUUAGUAACCCUUUCAAUAAUUUUUUUGCUCUCUCAUUUCAGCUCUGACUGCAACAUUUGGUGAUGUCAAUGCUGCUAUAGAUAGACUUUUACAACACAGAUGAUGCAUAUAAGCUGGCAGUUUUUAAACAGAUAAUUUAUUAUAAGAUUUUAUUUGAUGACUACUUGGUGAACUUUCUCUUUAAAACCAUUUUGAGAACUUUUCCAUUGCGCUCCAUGUAUUUUUUGUGUAUGUUAAUAACCAGUUGCUCUCACCAAAACCAUCAUCAACCAGCAGUACCAUCAUCAACCAGCAGUGGAAAAUCUGGGUCUUUUUUUUUUUCUUUUUUUUUUAGUCUGAACAAUUGGGAAACAAAAUCUCCAUUGUGACUUUUUCCUCUUCCAACUGUUAAUUAACAUUUUUGGAAAUGGUAACUUGUAUUGCUUAAAGGCUUUACAGCAGCUUUGCUCUGCAGAUUUUAACAUUGGCAGUAAAAUCUCCAUGUGUGGACCAAUUUCAACAGUUCAAAUGAUGUUCAAAAGGAUAAUACCCAAAUGUUUCAACUCUAAAUGACCAUAGUUUACUGACUAGAGACUGUAUUUUUGUGUUGGGUCAAGAAAUGUGAUGAGAGAGCAACUAAGAUUUGGUCACGUCCAACUUCUUCGUUGACCCUAUACUUGAACAGUACUGUGGUAAGGGUCUGGCCAUGCUUUCAUAUUUAGCUAUCAACUGUUGUUAAUAUUUGGCAUUAUUUGUCCGCAGUUAUUUCUGUGAUCCCGAUUCGUAAAACAUCACAGAGCAGUAAUAUUCUCUCUUUAGAAUUUCUAGCUAACAUAAUGCUGCAACUUAACAUUCAAGUAAUGCAGUGUGUUAUUGAAAAUGUCAGGCAAGUGGAUUGAUGGAUGUCACUCAGAGGAAAGUGGCAAUUUAUAAGAGUUGUUCAACUUCAACCAUACCAAAUUGUGUUGUUAUUUUAAGAAUAUUAUUCAACAUCUGAUUUACUUUAAGUUAAUGUUAGAUAAGUAUAGGUUAUAAGAUUUGUAUAUGGAAAUAUGAAAGGUCAUGGACAAUUAAGUUUUUCUGUUGCUGUUUUUGGUGCAUUCACAUGAAAACAUUUUCUUCCUUUAAUCUGUAUUUUGUGAUUAUUUUAAAACAUUUACAAAUAUUUUUGUUUUCAUAAAAGAAGACAAUUUUUCUUAAUAUCAUCUAGUUAUUUGGCUAGAUGACUGCUACUUGGUCUGACCAGACAUACUACAUAAGUUUCUAUAAACACCUAUGUUAAUGAUAACGUUUUAACAGAAUCCCUCAAUAUUUUUAUUACCUUACCUUCAUAGAAGUUGUGAGGAAUAAGUAUUUUUGGUUUGUUCGAGAACCUCGUUUUCUUUUCACACUUGAUUUUUUUGGUCAUUUUUGAUCAUGUACAGAAAUAAGUGUCAAAUUGAAGAAUUGUUAGAGCAAGAUUUUGAUUUGUAUCAACUUUCUUGUACAGUACAAGCAUAGUUUUUCACAUGUUAUGAUUUAAUUUAGACUUUCUUCAAUACCUUAUAAGUUGUUUUUUUUAAACGUAUGGAAUAUUUUACAAAAUAACUAAAUGGAGUCUCAAAAAAAAUGUUAUCUUAUGUAGCAAAAUAGAAUAAACUGUUCAUUCUAUUGAGGUAACAACUUAAUUUUGCCAGGUUUUUAUUCAUUACUGUUGAAUUAUUCCUACCAAUGUCUGGUACACCAGUCCUUUGACACUAUAAAGUCAUUUGUGUAAAUAAGGCCAGAAUCCAUCCUGCUAUAAAUAAGGCAGUUGAAUGUAAUGUUUGCCAUUUAGAUUUAAUCAGUCUAUUUGACCACAAAGCUAUUGAUUUUAAUCGGGGACUGUUAAUGUGUAAGCUGCAAUGCAAAUGUUUUGGUUAUUUUACAUCAAGGUAUUUGUUGGUCAGAAGUUCAAGGUGACAUUUAAGUGGAGAAGGAUGACCACCGGUUCUGAUUGAGAUCCUUCUUGUACUUGGUCACUUUGUUUCAACUAACUACCUCUUUUUGUUGGAACACUGUCUUGUUGUCCCAUGAGCUGCUCUGUAAGCCUAUUCCCUGACAGUGUUGGUUGUUGGUCAAUUUGGAUUCUCACUGUUUUGUGCACAUUAUUUUGUAAGAAAAAAAGGAUUAAAAGUUGUUUUCCAAUUGUACUCAACGGUUUUAGUGUUUGUUACAGGGUAAUGUUGUUAAAGAUGAGCUUACUACUCCGGCUGUCUUUGUUUUCAACACUUUAAAUCUUAGGAAACACGUAAUAGAUCUAUGACAUGAAACUUCCAAUAUUAUAUUCAGAGCAAUCCCAUCAAACUGUUAUGUAAAAUAUCCACACAAUCCUUUAAUCCUAUUUAAUCCUAUAAU